GUUAGACCACACUGCUCAGAAAAGGAAGUAUGCUCUUCACAGCUAACUUGCACACUCAUUGCCGGCGUCACAGCGUUUGCAGGGUCGCAGAGUGCCAAGGCGUAGCUGCUCUUCCCAACAAACAUGGAUGGAAAAACAGAUGUGAAGUCCCUCAUGGCGAAGUUCAACACAGGGACUAGCCCGACAGAGGAGGUCUCCGCCAACAGCAAGCCUUUCAAAGUUGCCGGCCAAAACGCGCCUUCGGGAAUCCAAGCAAGAAAGAAUUUAUUUGACAACCAAGGAAAUGCCAGUCCUCCCACAGGACCCAGCAACACGCCUAAGUUUGGGACCACAAAACCACCCUUGGCAGCGAAACCUACCUGUGAGGAAAAGUCUGACAAGGAUCCCAAACCCCCAUUUUUAAAACCUAGUGGAGGGAACCAAAGAUUUGGAACACAGCCAAACUCAGCUUCUAGAGACCCCGAGAUCAAAGCGGGGUUUCUGAAACCUGUAAGCCCCAAACCCACCAGCUUGACUAAAGAAGAUCCUAAACCGGCGUUUUUACGACCUUCUGGGAAUAAGCUUCACAAUUUGAACCACGAGUCUGACUUAAGGACGCCAGGACCAAAGCCAGGGCCUACUCCCCCAGUACCCGAAAACGAUGUAAAGCCAGGGUUCUCAAAGGUGGCCGGAGCUAAGAGCAAGUUCAUGCCUGCGGCACAAGAUGAUGACCCCAAACCUCGAUUUCCCAGACACACCUUUGGCCAGAAGCCAUCUCUGAGUACAGAGGACUCUCAGGAUGAGGAAAGCGCCUCUAAAAAUGCAGCGGUCCAGAAAGGAUCCCCAGUGCCACUAGGGGCCAAGGGCAAGGGUGGCCCUUUCAAACCAGCCAGGGAAGACACAGAGGAAAAGGACAGCGGAACGACAAGUUCGCCGUUUCCUGGGGUGGUUCUGAAACCUGCCGCAAAUAGAGGGAGCCCAGGGCCCUCCAGAAACUCAGAAGAGAAAAAAGAAGAUAGGAAAACAGAUGUUACAAAGAACAUCUUUCUGAAUAAAAUCAAUCAGGAAGAACCGGCCCGAUUCCCUAAGGCCCCUUCCAAGCUGACGGCAGGGACACCAUGGGGUCAAAGUCAGGAGAAGGAAAAAGGAGACAAGAAUUCAGCAAGCCCCAAGCAGAAACCCCUGCCUCCUCUGUCCGUCUUGGGCCCGCCUCCAUCCAAGCCCAGCAGACCACCCAAUGUUGACCUGAGCAGAUUCCGCAAAGCUGACGCUGCAAACAGUACCAGCAAAAGCCAGACACCUUACUCAACAACUGCCCUGCCAGCACCUCCAGCACCUCCAGCGUCCCAUCCAGGCAGCCAGCCACCACUGCCAGCGUCUCACCCAACACAGCCGCCAGUCCCAAGCCUACCUCCCAGAAACAUUAAGCCUCCCCUUGACCUGAAAAAUACUAUAAGUGAAGAAAAUCAAGAUGGUGUCAUGCACUCUGAUGGUCCUGGAACUCUAGAAGAGGAACAAGAGAGUGAAGGAGAAACAUACGAAGACAUAGAAUCGUCCAAAGAACGAGACAAGAAACGGGAAAAAGAGGAAAAGAAAAGGUUAGAGCUAGAACGGAAGGAACAGAAAGAAAAAGAGAAGAAGGAACAAGAACUAAAGAAGAAAUUUAAGCUAACAGGCCCCAUUCAAGUCAUCCAUCAUGCAAAAGCUUGUUGUGAUGUCAAAGGAGGAAAGAAUGAGCUGAGCUUCAAACAAGGGGAGGACAUUGAAAUAAUUCGCAUCACAGACAACCCAGAAGGAAAAUGGCUGGGCAGAACUGCCCGGGGGUCAUAUGGCUACAUUAAAACGACGGCUGUGGAGAUUGACUACGACUCUCUGAAGCGGAAGAAGAACACUCUCAAUGCUGUUCCAUCGAGACUUGUUGAAGAUGACCAAGAAGUCUACGACGAUGUGGCUGAGCAGGACGCUCCCAACAGCCAUGGUCAGAGCGGAAGCGGAGGUAUGUUCCCACCGCCACCAGAUGAUGACAUUUAUGAUGGGAUAGACGAGGAAGAUGCUAAUGAUGGACCCAUGCUGCAGGGCGAAGAGAAGACCAGCACGUGGUCCUGGGGGAUUUUGAAGAUGCUAAAGGGAAAGGAGGACAGGAAGAAAAGUGUCCGAGAGAAACCUAAAGUCUCUGAGUCAGACAGUAAUGAAGGUUCAUCUUUCCCUUCUCCUCCUAAACAACUGGAUGUGGGAGAAGAAGUUUACGACGAUGUGGAUGCCUCCGACUUCCCUGCUCCACCUGCUGAGAUGAGUCAAGGAAUUAAUGUUGGAAAGACGAAAACAGAAGAAAAAGAUCCCAAGAAGCUAAAAAAACAGGAAAAAGAAGAAAAAGAUCUCAGGAAAAAAUUUAAGUACGAUGGUGAAAUUCGAGUUCUCUAUUCUACGAAAGUUGCUUCCUCCAUAACUUCUAAAAAGUGGGGAGCUAGAGAGCUGCAGAUAAAACCCGGAGAAUCGCUUGAAGUGAUUCAAAGCACAGACGACACCAAAGUUCUCUGCAGGAACGAAGAAGGCAAAUAUGGCUAUGUUCUUCGGAGUUACCUGGCGGACAAUGAUGGAGAAAUCUAUGAUGACAUUGCUGAUGGUUGCAUCUAUGACAAUGACUAGCACUCGGGGCUGUUCAUCCUGCUGUGACCAACAUGAAUUUUAAUUGGAAUGUUCUUGGGUAUCAUGGAAAAAAAUGAGCACACAAAAUGAAAUUUCAAUCUCUUUAUAAAAAUUUGAAAUUUUAAACUCGGAAAAUGAACUCUUUACUAUGUCAGAAGAUUGGCAGUGAGAUAUAAGACUUUAUCUCCUUUCUUUCUUUCCAUUUUCUGUUGUGCAGGGUGUUCUUACUUUGCAGUUCAGGCCAUCUUCCGGCCCCAGCCUCCCUAGUGCUUUGACAACAGACAUGAGCCGCCACAUCUGGCUUAAGGAUCCCAUUUAUGCUUAUGAAGGCACUAUUUUUUUUUAGACAACCAUCAGGGACUCUUCCCUAUCCUGUCCAUUUUUAAUGAAAUAAAGAAAAAAGAAAGCCAUCCCAGAGGAAGAAGAAAGAAGACUACACAGAAGGGAUUCUUAUUUUUAAUCCCACAGCCCUUACAGCGCUUGUUCAAAUUACCUACCCAGAAAAGGCGGAGCUAUCUCCUCUAGUUUCUGAAAGGCAAUGGAGGAGCGAUACAUUAGUCUCGAAGUGUUUGCUGUGAAAUCAAGUCAAUGAUUCACUAAGCAUGCUUACGUUCUGCUGAACAUCUAAGAUUAACCUGCACAAGAGUCUAAAGGAAGUCUUCUUUUGUGGAUUCAUGCACACAUGGUUGAAUCCUGGACUCUGUUUAGAUACCAUUGUUAACUAGAGAUACGGAGGGAGCCAAUUGUGAACAUUGAGAAAGAACCUUGAUGCUCGCUCUCCUUUUUAUGGUAGCUCCUUACUGUGACACCUCUAUGAGAGUUUUUGUGUUUUGUGGUCAACUGCUUCUGAAGGACCUAGUGAUGUUUAUACCCGCUUUACUAGAAAGUUGUUCAGCAGAAGGAACACAAGGCAAUAAAUCCCAGUGGUUGGCCUGGGGCUCCCCAUUGAAACGCAUUCCUCACCACCUCCUCCGGACUAUAAAGCACCGGCUUUUGAAUGCUAAGAACAUGAAGCACCAAACCAAAAUGCAAUGCUCAACAUCCAAGAAGAUAACAGAUUAGAGAAUAUUUUUUGAAAUUAGUCAAUCCUAAUGCUGACUCUCUUAGUGAUCAUGAUGCUACCUUGGCAAUAUUCAUUACCCUCCAAUGUUCUUAUAACAUAAGAUUCAACUACGUUUAUCUCAACAUUUUCCACUACCCCCAUCUCAGAUUCACACUUCAGAGGGUUUUUUUCUUUUUUCUUUUAAAUCAUUGAUUAAAUACUGAUUAAUAUAUUGUAUAUGUAAAUUGCAAAGAUCCAAUGGAAUUUCUGAAAAGUGAUCCCCCCACAGUGAAUUUUUUUAAACGUCAAGAAUUGUAUGGGAUAGAGAGAUAACUCAGUUGGUAAAAUGCUUGUAUGGCAAGUGCAAAGAUUGAAUUCAAUCAACAAACCCCAGGUGACAAUCAUGUGUGGUGACCAGUACUUACAUCCCAGUGCCAGGGAGGCAGAGAUCGGAGGACCCCUGGGGUUCACUGGUAAGCCUGUGUAUCCUAAUUGGUGAGUUCCACACCAAAGAGAGACUCUUGUCCUAGGAGAUGGACAGCAACUGAGGAACAACAGUAAAGGUUAUGCUCUGGAUGCCACACAUAUUUGCCCGCACAUGCGUAGGAACGUGUACACACAGAUUGGAAAAUCUGUAAAGUAGCUCCAAGUCUUCAGAAGGUUAGAAUCAGGGUUUCUAUUAAGUGUUUUGAAAUGUUAGAAAUGUCAGCUUCUACAGCUCAAUUUAUAGGCUGCAGGGCUCUGAGUCUCCUGGGUUGGAAAUGACUCAUCUCAGACAGUCCUUGAUUGGGAGUACUUCGGUGGCAUUAGUCAGCAUGCAUCCUUCUGAUGAACUUCUUUUAUCACUAGAUACAAAUUUCAUGGCUCAAAAGUGACUGUGUGUUAACUUUGGAAUCAAAUAUAGGUUAAAUGUUGACUGCAUUCCCAGUAAUUUUCUGUGAUUAAGAGUAGCACAGAUUCAGUGUAAAUGUUAGGUUUUAAAAAUCCCAAAUUAGAGCAAGAGACUAUUUCAGCUUUGGUUUAUAUUCAAAGAAAUGGACAGAUACCUGUGAGAGACUUAUGUAAUAAUUAUUUAAUGUAUAUUUGAAGUGUUAAUUUUAAUAUACUAAAUGUGAUUUUGUUAUAGAUUGUGUGUGGAAUUUUGUCAUGUGAGAAGAGUGGCCAAUAAAAUAAAUACCUUUGCAGUAAGUGA